CUCACGGUUGACAUAAUUAUUAGGUUGGAGGGAGAAUAGAAAAUAGUGGAUGAUUUACAACAACUCCCCCUUCCCCUCCACCCCCACACGACAAAAUCAAAACCCUUGAUUUUGAUUUCUCCAGCGAAUCUACUUCUUCUGUUUUGAUUUGUGAAAAUCUCAGAAGAUCGUCAUCAUCAGGUCAACAGAAGUAUACAAGCAUAAUUUGGCAGAUAGAAUCAAGGGUAUUGGAGAUGUUAGGCCAAUUUGAUUUACUGAAUGAGGUUGUGUGAACAGUACUAGUUGCUUACAUUGAUUGGCAGAUAGAAUCAAGGGUAUUGGAGACGUUAGGCCAAUUUGAUUCUGGUAGUACGUUUCAAAUCUCUGGAUCAGUGAAUUCUGCCGCGUCUGCAAAAUUUUGCAGAGAACCUGAUCAUGGGGGAUUUACCGCGUCAUGUGGCUGCUUGCUUGCACAGUGGCAAGCUUGCAAUGUUGGCGAUUUUAGUGUCUGCUGGGAUUGUACUGCAAAUACUGGCGUGUGCUUUGUACAAUAACUGGUGGCCUAUGUUAACAAUGAUCAUGUAUGUGCUUCUGCCAAUGCCUCUGAUUUUCUUCUUGGGGUCUGACACUUCGUCUCUACUUAACAGUAGUGAGAGUGGCUGGGUUGGUGCAGCCAAGUUUUUGACUGGAUUCUCACUAGUUGGAAGCAUAGCAAUACCAACUAUCUUAAAGCAUGCAGAUGUUAUUGGUUGGGGAGCAUGGGCGAUGGUGCUUUCAUCCUUCUUCAUCUUUAUUUCAGCCAUUCUGUGCACUAUCCAAAUGAACAAUGAAGACGAGUACAGUAGCUUCUGAGAUAUAUGCAACUCCGACCUUUUCUUCAGGCUUUAUUUAUAGUGACAAGUGUGGUUAUUUAUGUGAAUGUCAUUCAAUUUGUUUAUAAAAACAGAGGAAAAAGCUGUUCAUAGAUUUAAUGAACGUCUUUGUACAGGAUUAUUAAUAUACAAGUAUUUUGCGCUUGAAAUUCUUUAGUUUUC